UCCGUAGCCCGGGAGCCGGGUGUGUGGAAUCGCGGCCCGAGGUUCGCUAUGUCUGAGGAGGAAGCGAGGCAGAGCGGAGGCUCCUCGCAGGCCGGCGCCGUGACUGUCAGCGACGUCCAGGAGCUGAUGCGGCGCAAGGAGGAGAUAGAGGCGCAGAUCAAGGCCAACUAUGACGUGCUAGAAAGCCAAAAAGGCAUUGGGAUGAACGAGCCACUGGUGGACUGUGAGGGCUACCCCCGGUCAGACGUGGACCUGUACCAAGUCCGCACCGCCCGGCACAACAUCAUAUGGUCUGCAAGUGGAUGAUGAGAUUGUGGAGUUCGGCUCUGUGAACACCCAGAAUUUCCAGUCACUUCAUAACAUUGGCAGUGUGGUGCAGCACAGUGAGGGGAGGAAGCUCUACAGAGAAGAAUGUCAGAUGCAGAAGAAGCUCCCGGAGAAGCAACAGGAGAAAAUGGAGAAACAGAAAUGAAAGAAGAGGAGGAACCUAAUCCAAAUUAUAAAGAAGUAGAAAAUCUACAACAGGAAUCAAAAGAUGACACAUUAGCAUGGAGAGAGUCUCAGGAGGAGGAGAGGAAAAUGGGUGAGGAGGAAGGGGAGGAGGAGGAGCAGGAGGAGGGGGAGGAGGAGAAGGAGGAGGAGGAAGAGAAGGAGGAGGAGGGGAAGGAGGACAAAAAGAUUGUCAUGGAAGAAACUGAGGAAGUGGCUGGAGAAGCCCAGGAGAAGGAGGCUUCAGGAAUACAGGAAGAAACCACAGUGGAGCCCCAAGAAGUCACAGAGUCCAUGAUCCAUUUGGAGACACAGAUUACCGAUUCCCAGUCAAUCACAUCAGGAAUUUUCCCAAAAACCCGAAGAGGUAGCAAGUCAAAGCCUUCCUUACAAUUGGAGGAUGCAGAAACAGAUGAGCUUUUAAGAGGCCUAAGCACACAACUUGAAUUUGAUUUGGAUCAAAUCAGUCCUGAGGAACAACAGAUUAGUUCCCCUGAAAGGCAGCCCUCAGGAGAGCUUGAGGAGAAAACCGACGGGAUGCUCCAAGACGAACUGGGACGAGAAAGAAGGGAUUUGGAGCCAGAAAACAGAGAUGAGGGACAAGAAAGUAGAGUAUCCAACAUCCAGUCUGAAGCAGGGAUCUCCAGGGAGUCACUGGUGUCCAGCACCACAGAGGACAUUCUGUUCGAAAGGGAUGAAAGUGCCCCGGUGUAUCCCUUGACCAUGACCUGGUCGUUUGGAUGGAACAGUUCUCUUCCUGUUUACUAUAUUCGAGAGGAAAAGCAGAGAGUUCUUCUGUAUGUUUGCGCUCACACUGCGAUCAUCUACAACGUGUUGAGGAAUAAUCAACACCACCUUCAGGGCCAUGCCAAUAUUAUCUCCUGCCUCUGUGUCAGUGAAGACAGGCGGUGGAUCGCCACAGCAGACAAAGGGCCAGACUGCCUGGUGAUUAUAUGGGACUCCUUCACAGGUAUUCCUGUGCACACAAUAUUUGACAGCUGCCCCGAAGGGAACGGCAUCAGGGCCAUGGCCAUGACCCAUGACGCCAAGUAUCUGGCAACCAUCUCAGAUGCUGAAGUCCAGAAGGUGUGCAUCUGGAAGUGGACUUUGGCAGUGGAAACACCAGCAUGCACUCUCGAACUCCCCAAAGAGUACGGUGUUCAGAACUACCUUACUUUUAACCCAGCAAAUAAUAAAGAAUUGGUGAGCAAUAGUAAAACACAGGCAAUAUAUUAUGCAUGGUAUGAAGAGAGGGAUACACUGGCUCACAGCGCCCCACUUUUAACAGAAAAAACCUUCAACAAGCUUGUGGGAAAGUUUAGCCAGUCCAUCUUUCACUUGAAUUUAACACAAAUACUCUCAGCAACAAUGGAAGGGAAGCUGGUUGUCUGGGACAUACACCGCCCACCCUCAUCUGCCUCCACCUUUUUGGGCUUUCCCUAUAUCAAGCCUUGUAAAUUGGUUCAUUUGCAGAAAGAGGGCAUCACUGUGCUUACUACAAUUGAUAGCUACAUUGUCACAGGUGACAUUAAGGGUAACAUUAAGUUCUAUGAUCACACCCUGUCUAUUGUUAACUGGUACAGUCACUUGAAACUGGGCGCCAUAAGAACUCUGUCCUUUUCAAAGACCCCAGCAACCCCUCCUACCGAAAAAUCAAACUAUCCUCCUGACUGCACUUUAAAAGGUGACCUUUUUGUCGUAAGGAAUUUUAUCAUUGGAACAUCUGAUGCCGCGGUGUACCACUUAACAACAGAUGGGACCAAACUUGAGAAGUUAUUUGUAGAGCCCAAGGAUGCCAUUUGUGCCAUCUCCUGCCACCCCUAUCAACCCCUCAUUGCCAUUGGGAGCAUCUGUGGGAUGAUCAAAGUGUGGAAUUAUGAAAACAAACAAUAUCUUUUCAGCAGGGUUUUUGAGAAAGGGCUUGGAGUCCAGAGUCUGACCUACAACCCGGAAGGAGCCCUUCUUGGAGCUGGUUUUACAGAGGGGACAGUUUACAUUCUUGAUGCAAUGUCUUUAGAAAAUGAAAGCCCAGAGCCUUUCAAAUAUUCCAGAACCAGUGUGACUCAUAUAAGCUUUUCCCAUGACUCCCAGUAUAUGGCAACUGCUGAUAGAAGUUUUACUGUGGCUGUUUACAUGCUGGUGGUCAGAAACGGACAGAGGGUCUGGGAGUACUUAGCAAGACUUCGUUCUCAUCGCAAAAGCAUUCGAAGUCUCCUGUUUGGGGUUUACCUGGACAGCAAUGAGCCUAGACUGCUGAGUCUUGGGACAGACAGGCUCUUGAUAGAGUAUGAUCUUCUCAGGAGCUACAAAGACUGCCUGGAAGUCCUGGACAUUCACCGCACAGACCAGGGCUGCUAUCCCACCUGCAUGGUCUGGUACCCACCACUCACCAGGGAACUCUUCCUGCUUAUUUGCAACAGUGGCUACAAAGUGAAGCUUUUUAAUUCUACCACCAAAAUGUGCAGAAAGACGCUUAUGGGGCCAGCUUAUGGUUCCCCUAUUGAGCAAACACAAGUCCUCCCAGUGAGAAGCAUGGCAGAGCUACAGAAACGCUACUUGGUGUUUAUUAACAGAGACAAGGUUGGACUUCAGAUCUUACCAGUUGACGGCAAUCCACAUAAGACAUCUGCUAUUGUUUGUCACCCAAACGGGGUGGCUGGCAUGGCCAUUUCCUAUGAUGGCCGCUACGCCUUCACCGCAGGAGGGCACGAUCGCUCUGUGGUGCAGUGGAAAAUCACCUUAAGUGUCCUGGAGGCAGCGGUUUCUCUUGGGGGUGAAGACUUGACCCCAUUCUAUGGUCUGCUGUCUGGUGGCCGGGAAGGAAAAUUCUACAGGGAGCUAGAAGACUACUUCUACUAUUCUCAGCUCCGCAGUCAAGGCAUCGACACGAUGGAGACCAGAAAGGUGUCAGAAUACAUUUGCCUGUCGGAGCUUCCUUUUGUCAUGAGAGCAAUUGGCUUUUACCCAUCUGAAGAGAAGAUUGAUGAUAUAUUUAACGAAAUCAAAUUUGGUGAAUAUGUGGACACUGGAAAGCUAAUCGACAAGAUCAACUUGCCAGAUUUCCUCAAAGUGUACCUUAACCACAAGCCACCUUUUGGUAACACCAUGAGUGGCAUCCACAAAAGUUUUGAGGUGCUCGGUUAUACCAACUCCAAAGGGAAAAAGGCCAUUCGAAGAGAGGACUUCCUGAGACUGCUCGUUACUAAAGGUGAACACAUGACGGAGGAGGAGAUGUUGGAUUGCUUUGCUUCACUGCUUGGCCUGAAUCCCGAAGGAUGGAAAUCUGAGCCUGCAACCUCCUCUGUCAAAGGCUCAGAAAUUUGCCUUGAAGAAGAACUUCCAGACGAAAUCACUGCAGAAAUAUUCGCGACUGAAAUUCUUGGCUUAACCAUUUCAGAAGAUUCUGGCCAGGAUGGUCAGUGAAAUUACCAGGAAUGUUUAAAUCACAAAGGACUUUGGGUGUGUGUGCAUGCACAUGCGUGUGUUUUCCAUGAGGCACUGCUUUUUAUGCAUUUCCCUCCCCCCUCUCAUCUUUAGAACAUUUAGACAUUAAAGCAAAUUUCUGGUGAGCAAUGGAAUUCA